AUGGUUAUUGAUUUUGUGAAUAGAUUUGAAGACCAACGAUGCAGAAAUUGGCUGAUUUCAAGCGUCCUUCUUCAACUAUCCUCCAUACUUCACGUUGAAGAAAAGUCCGUUUCUUUUGUUUUCAGUUUGCAGCAUGUGAGGGACACUCGUGAGAAGCAAAUACAGCUGUGGGAAGAGCUUAUUUUCGAUUACUGCAAAACCCAAAAAGUUUUCUUGAUUGGCGUUGAAGAAGAUUUUCCUCUCUUCUCAAACUCUUCCAUUGAU